UCGACUUCAUUUCGAUUUAGCAAAGAGCUCCUUAAUCAAGUCAGGGACCGCCUACUUGCGUUCCAAGAGGAAAAUAUGGAAGCGAACGAGGAUAUGAAGCCAAUCAUUAUCAAGGAAAAUGUGUCACGCGAGGCCUACAUCAAGUAUCUCAGUACUGAGCGAAAGCUCCCUGUUAACAUUCGUUUGAUCAAUGGAAAAAUUAUAGCUUACGAA